GAUGACAUUCAAGAUCAUGACUUCCCUUCCCUUCCCUUCCGUCCCCUGCCUUGCCUCUCUCCUAUUUAAUUACACACCCCAUACACACUACUAGGAAGUGACAAGCCCAUUUAUUUUCUUCAGUUCUGCUCCUUCUUUCCACUAAUUAAGGCCAUGGUCAUGGCUGCAAAACAGAUCUUUGUUUUCAUGGUCCUUGUUUUGCUUUUGGUUGUUUUUUCUAGUGCUAGCCAUCACCAUGCAGUAAAUGAAGUAGAAGAAGAAGCAGACAGGAUAUCUUCACUUCCUGGCCAGCCUAAGGUCUCUUUUCAACAAUUCUCUGGCUAUGUUACUGUUAACAAAGUUGUUGGUAGAGCUCUCUUCUACUGGCUCACUGAGGCUGUCCAUGACCCCUCUUCUAAACCCUUGGUUGUUUGGCUCAAUGGAGGUCCUGGUUGCUCUUCUGUGGCAUAUGGUGCUUCUGAGGAAAUAGGGCCGUUUAGAAUCAACAAGACUGCCUCAGGAUUGUACCUUAACAAGUUCUCAUGGAACUCUGUGGCCAACCUCUUGUUCCUGGAAACUCCUGCUGGUGUUGGCUUCUCUUACAGCAAUCGGUCCUCUGAUUUGCUUGAUACUGGCGAUAUUCGCACUGCCGAGGACUCGUUGGAAUUUCUGGUUGGAUGGAUGAAUCGAUUCCCACGAUACAAGCACCGAGAAGUAUAUCUUACUGGAGAGAGUUAUGCAGGCCACUAUGUUCCUCAGCUGGCUAGAGAAAUUAUGAUGUACAACAAAAGGUCCAAGCAUCCAAUAAAUCUUAAAGGAUUCAUGGUUGGGAAUGCAGUUACGGACAACUAUUAUGAUAACCUUGGAACAGUGACGUACUGGUGGAGCCAUGCGAUGAUCUCUGAUAAAACAUAUCGGCAGCUCAUCAACACGUGCGAUUUUCGAAGGCAGAAGGAAUCAGUCGAAUGUGAAUCAUUGUAUAGUUAUGCCAUGGAUCAAGAAUUUGGAAACAUUGAUCAGUACAACAUUUAUGCACCCCCUUGUAACAACUCUGAUGGUAGCACCUCUACUCAUCAGAGUAUUCGAUUGCCUCACCAUCCCUACAAGGUUGUCAGGCCAUUGUCUGGCUAUGAUCCCUGUACUGAAAAAUAUGCUGAGAUUUAUUACAAUAGACCAGAUGUGCAGAAAGCACUCCAUGCCAAUGUGACCAAAACUCCUUACAAGUGGACAGCUUGCAGUGAAGUACUAAAUCGUAACUGGAACGACACGGAUGUUUCGGUUCUCCCAAUUUACCGAGAAAUGCUUGCUAGUGGAUUGAGGAUUUGGGUAUUCAGUGGCGACGUCGACUCAGUUGUGCCAGUUACAGCUACUAGAUACUCCCUAGCUCAACUUAAAUUAGCGACAAAAAUUCCAUGGCAUCCUUGGUAUGUUAAGAAGCAGAUGCGACAUUCCAAGAAUGACAAAAGGCUGGGAUGAAUGGAUUCGAUGGGCCACUAUCUCUUGACAUGGCAAGAGUUUCGUCAAUUUUUCUCGUAAACUGAGUUUUGCAGCUACAGUGUAUCAUGUAUGGCAAGAACGGAAUGCAAGGAUCUUUGCUGGAAUGUCUAGAACUUCGAAUUUGGUCUUUAAUCAAAUCGAAUGUAUCAUUCGUGAUAAGCUUGAUUUGAUGAGGAAUGUCGUACCAACAAAUGAAAACAAAAGGAUCCAACGAGCUUGGAGGGUGAAUACCAUAGAUUCUUAAUUUGUUAGUUAGCUGGUUGUAUUGGUUUCCCUAAAGAAUCUAGUGAGGUUUCAGUUUUAUGGUCGGUGGCUAGCCUGUAGCCAUCUGUUGUUUUAUGUUUCUGUUAUCAUUGUAAAUCUGGGGUAUGCCCCUUAUAAUGUUUGUAUCUUCUUCUUUUAAUACAUACGUCAACUUACCAAAAAAAAAAAGUAGACUUUUGAUAAUUCCGACUUGAAUAUCUUGAGUUAAAGAAGUCCAUUUGAUGCAAA